AUGGAUAUUAAAAAGAAGACUCCUACAAAGAAUAACACUCCAAAGAAGGAGAACAAUACUCCAAAGAAAGAGAAUAAUACUACUCCAAAGAAGGAUAAAGUAGUCAACUCUGCAAAGAAACCAAAUAAGAACUAUGGUGCUGCCAAAUCUGUUGACAAAGACAAUAAACUAGUAACUACACCAACAACAACAACAAAUACUUCUACUACACCACCACCAGCUACUAAAGAAACAACACCAAAUAAAAAAACAACAAAGAGAAAAGAUAUGGAGAAAGAGUCAACUACUGAAGCACCAAAAAACAAACAAACAGAAACAACAAAAGCAACUACAACUACUACCACAACAUCAACUUCUACAAAACCAACAAACAAAAAACAAAAAGUAAAUAAUAAUAAAAAAGAAGAGAAGAAAGAAAAAGUUAGUAGAGAAAAAGAAACAAAGAUUGUUGAAAAUAGUAAUAAUAAUAAUAAUGAUAAUAGUGAAAAUGUAAAUGUUGUUAGUAGUAUUUUUGGAGGUAGUAAUGUUAGUGGAUUAUCUAUUUUUGAAGCAUUGAAGAAGCAAUCAGAGUCAAAGGAUGAUGCUGUUAAUCAAGAGGUUAUGGAUUCGUUUGCCACUUCCAACGCAUUCGAGGCACCAAAGGAAGAACAAGAACCAGAGGUCAAAGAGCAAAUCGAUUCACUCUUACAAGCAAAACCACAAUUGAAUUCCGUCGGUAAACCAAUGAUCUCUGAGGAGGAAAGAGAAAUCAGAAAGAAGAAAGAUCUCGAAAUCAGAGAGUCAGAGGAUCCAAUGACUAUCUUUAUUUCAAAUAUAGAUUUAAAGACAACUAAAAAUGAAUUGAAAGCAUUCUUUGGUAGAUUUGGAACAAUAAAGACAGCUAGAUUUAGAUCAUUACCAGUGUCAAAGGAAGGUGCAAACAGAAAAGCAACAUACAUUAACAAGGAAUUCCAUGAGAAGAGAGAGACAUGCAAUGCUUACGUUGUCUAUUCAAAGGAGGAAGAAGCUCAGAAAGCUGCUGACGAAACAAACGGUACUUUGUUCAAGGAAAGACAUAUUCGUGUUGAUUUGGCCUCGAAUAAACAUAAUAAGGGAAAAGAUGAGAAUACGGUAUUUGUUGGUGGAAUUCCAUAUGAAUUGGAAAAUGAAGAUCUCUUCAAGUUGUUCGAAGACAAUAUCGGUGAUGUUAUGAGUGUUCGUAUAGUAAGAGAUAAGUUGACUGGUCUCGGUAAAGGAUUUGCUUACGUGGAGUUCAAGAAGCUGAUCAACGCAAGAAGAGCCAUCCAAGCUAAGCAACUUAGCAUUGGUGAACGUACAAUCAGAGUUUUCCCAAAUAAACAGAAUCCAAAAGGAAAGAACGUUAAAUCAGCAAAGGAGAAGAAAAAGAUUGGUGACAGAGUACCAAGAAACAGAAAAGGAAACAAGAAAAACAAAAAGUCAGAAGAAACUUCAACAUCUGAUUAA